AUGGCCGCCGAACUGCAAUGUCGCCGAGCAACUCUGGCCGACAGAGAGGAUGUCUUGAACAUAAUAACACCCUUUGAAGGACGAGAUUAUUUGCCGUCUCUGUACAAUCAUAUGAUAGCGGACCCCAGCUUUGUGGGAGUGCUGGGCGAGCUGGAUGGAGAAGUGGUGGCCUUUGCAGGUGCUUGGGUCAUCAAUGACGGGACGACGAUGAUGACCAAAGGGAGCCGUGUUAAGGAGGGGCUUCAAGGGAAAGGUGUCUAUGCCCGCCUGUGGCGCUAUCUUUGUGACACCAUCAGAGACAGUGCCCCAGGCCUUAAGUACGAGGAGUUUACCACCAACGUUCACAAUCCGCUUCUGCAUCGACCUGCAUCAAAGAGAAAGUAUGCAGAGUUAUACAGGAUGCCAAUAAGAUGUUACAGUCUUCAAAGGGAGCUAAUCAGGAAGCGGACUUUCCCACCCAGUGGCCGUGUUCAGGAAAUGGAGGUGGAAGAUUUACGCCAAAUUCUAAGUGACAAACAAUUAUCCGCUGUUUUAUUUCCACGGAGACUUGUGAUCGACUGGCACGUUUAUCUCCCAAUCGUGGAGAAUGUGGAUAUAAUUAAGGCGCAGGGAACUUACGUGACGAAAACGGGGGACGAGGGCCUUCGAACCACGGAGCUAAUCACAUUUGGCGACUGGUACCAGUGCGAGGAGUAUCUGGCUUAUAGCAUGGAUGUCUUCGGGAAGGUCGAUGACACAGCAAGUCUUUCUGAACAUUUUCACAUGCACGCCAAAAAAGCCAUGGAGUUACACGAUGGGGAUGUCCGUUUCCUGAUAUUUAUAGAACCGGAGCUUCUUGACGUCACUGACAGCGCAUGCAGGCUACUUCAUUUCCUUCCAUCGCAUUUCUUUACCACUCACUGUGUUUGGCUGAUUCGAGAAAUUUAA